AUGUCGAAGCAACAACAGCUUUCGUCCCCAGCGGACUCCCAAAUAACCUUUGCAGACCCGAACCCGUCCGCGCCAGAUGCCAAAGUAGAUCAGGACAGAACGGAUUACUCCUCAGACCACCCUUCCACGAUACGGCAGACCGACCCGGAAAAAGGUGGUCCUCCGGCCGGCGACGAGAAACCGGCAUGGCCCGUCAGCGAUGCGCCAGACGGAGGUACCGUGGCUUGGCUGGUCGUUCUUGGCGCGUGGUGCACAUCCUUUUGCAGUUUCGGGUGGGUGAAUAGUGUCGGAGCUUUCCAAGAGUACUACCAGAAUGAUUUGCUCCGCAACUACUCGGCGAGCACCAUUUCAUGGAUCCCUUCUCUCCAGAUUUUCUUCAUGAUGGCAAUGGGCCCAAUAAUUGGCCAACUGUACGAUCACUACGGCCCCCGCUACCUCAUCCUCGUCGGCACCUUUUUCCACGUCUUUGGUCUCAUGAUGACCUCUCUCGCAACGCAGUACUGGCAGAUCCUCCUGGCCCAAGGCGUAUGCUCCGCCAUUGGCGUCUCCGCCAUCUUCCAGCCGGCACUGAACACGAUCCACGGCUGGUUCAACGUCAAGCGCGGCGCCGCUUUCGGUAUUCUGUCCACCGGCUCCAGCAUCGGCGGCAUCGUCUUCCCCAUUAUGGUGACGCGGGUGAUCAAGUCGCUGGGGUACCCCUGGGCGAUGCGCAUUUGCGCCUUUAUGAUCCUCGGCCUCCUGAUCAUCGCGAACCUCACAGUCAAGGCUUACCACCCGCCACGUCCCCAAAAGUUGUCCAAGGAGCAGCUCAUACGCCCUUUCAAGGAGUUUGAGUUCGUCUGCGUCGUCAUCGGCUUCUUCCUCUUCACCUACGGCAUCUUCGUGCCCAUCAACUACAUCCAGGUCCAGGCCCUCGAGGCCGGCAUGGACCCCAACCUGGCGCAGUACCUUGUCGCGAUUCUCAACGCGGGCAGCCUCUUUGGCCGAAUCUUUGCCGGCAUCAUGGGCGACAGGAUUGGCAAGUACAACAUCUUUGUGGUGGUGUGCUACCUGACCUCGGUCUGGAUGCUCGCGCUGUGGAUCCCGGCCAACUCGGACGGCGCGCUCAUCGCCUUUGCCGUCCUCUUCGGCUUCUGCUCCGGCGCGUACGUUUCGCUCAUUGCACCCCUCAUCGCUCAGAUCUCGCCCCCCCACGAGAUUGGCUUCCGCACGGGUAUCACGUUCUUCACAAACUCUAUUGGCGGGUUGACGACGAACCCUAUCAACGGAGCUAUUUUGGCCGGUUCGGGUGGGUGGGUUGGCAUGAAGGUGUUCUCGGGCGUGUUUUGCCUUGCAGGAACGACUUUUAUCCUUGUGGCGAGGAUUCACCGGACUGGAUGGAAACUCUUUACCGCUUUUUAG